GGACCCGUCGUCACUUCAAGGUUCAUCAACUUGAAUUUUCGUUCAACCAAGUCGUUCCAAGGAACUUUCUAAGCUAUCCCACUAGCUCCUCGUUGUCUGCAACAUGUCCGACUUCUUCAAAUCGUCGUCAUCGUCUAGUUCUCCGUCAGACAUGACUGCAAAAAAAGAAGCCGUGAUGAAUGGUGUGCGCUCCGAGAUUGCCCUUGCUAGCGCGCAGGAGCUUAUAAAUAAAACGAACGAGAAAUGCUUCGCUAAGUGCAUAGCGAAACCUGGGACCACCUUGUCUAGCUCAGAGGAGACAUGUUUGUCUCGAUGCCUCGAACGUUACCUGGAAACAUUCAACAUAAUUAGCAAAACCUACAGUGCCCGCUUAAGCAGAGAACGCGAGCAGCGGCAACUUAAUCAGAUAUAGUCGGCAUAUUGUAUCUAUACCACUCCGUCCCAUCAAUAGUGCUUUCAUUUUAGUUGUUCAUCAGUCUCACCUGCAUGUCAUCAAGGCGGCUCCAUUCUCGACCCUGAAAUCACGAGGCUGGCAUGGAGGAUUUAUUACCAUCUACGGUGCAAGCUAUGGUGUACGAAAAGGUGUCUUUGUGUUUACAAGUAAGAUAUUAAACAAAGAUGUAUACCAACGUUCAGUGAAGGAAGGUGUGCU